UAUCUGCCAUCUGACAGUGCAGACAGAGAUGGCACAGCAAGACACCAGAACUCUAGCCGGGGGCUGCUUUGGGAAGGUGUACAGGGAGAAGUACAAGGACCAAUGGGCCUGCAUCAAGAGGGUUCCAAUCGGCCUCAUCCGCAGAACAGACCUGGAUAGAGAGUGCAAAGUGUAUCGCAAUGCACAGCAUCACAAUGUGGUGAAGCUAUUGGGAGAACCAUGGCUGAAGGAGUCCAAAUGGAACAUUCCUCUGGAAUUCAUCACAGGCGAAGAACUUGAGACAACAAUCUUCUGUGCUCAGAAAUCUAAAAUACGGUUGACCCCGACUGUCAGAGCAACCAUUAUCAGUGGCAUGUGUGCAGGGCUGUUUCAUCUUCACAGUAAAGAUAUUGUGCACCAGGACAUUAAACCUGACAACAUCAUGGUGGAACAUGAAACUAACCGCCCCGUCAUCAUAGAUCUAGGAUUGGCUAAAUUCUUCAAGAAUGGAAUGACUUCGGCCCAAAACAUAGGCAACGAGGCUUACUCCGCUCCCGAAAUCCUGCUGCGGCAGGGUGUGCGGGACAAACGCUCAGACGUCUGGGCAAUGGGCAAGGUCAUCGCUGAGCUGUGCGCCAGAGUCAGACUACCUACUUAUGCCGUCACACCCAACAAAAUCCAGGAGACCCUGGCAGCCCAUCCUUACAGUGUAGCCGUGUCCAAAAUGGUGGACAGCAAUCCUGAUACCAGAACCUGCAUGGCGUUAGUGAUGGCUGAUAUCAGGAAAGCAGAGGCAAAGGUGAAAGAGGAGGCUCGGGUAGGGGAGGCAGCACAAGCUCGUCCUGGUCUUAAGGCUGGCGUAGGUCUUGCUGGUGUCGGUAACGACAAAACAGGGCUGUACCAGAGAGGGGGCUUGCAUGUACCCUCUCCAGCAGAGGUGAAGAGAAGCCCGUCACCUCUAAGGAACAGAUUUCAGCUGCCAUCGCCACAGGUGAAAAAAGAAGUCAAGACUGUUGUUGAGGUGAAGCCUGGAACAGGUGCUCGAUUUGAGGGGAGGGGAGAGGUAGGGCUUCAGCCAAGAGCCCCCCAACAAACACCUCUUCCACGGGUUGUUCCGGAGAAGAAAUGGUCACCUCCAGUAACAGUGAUACAACGCAACCCUCCUAAACAAGAAGAGAUCAAGACACUGGUCCCAGCCAGGACCGACCCCAGUGACAGUGUUACACAGCUUCUCAAGCAGAUGACGCCAUUCCCUUGCCCUAUUCCCACAACAGGCAGAAUCCAACACAGUCGCUAUGUUCAUACCUCUGGGAGUGGUGGUGUCCUUGAAGUAAAUGAAGUGGUGACUGAGAACGGAAAGAUUACAAAAUAUGAAGGCUUUAAAGUUAAUAUGGAAUAGCUGUUGCAAAGCUACACAAUGGUGUAUUCGGGUGAAACACUGCUACUUGGUCGCAAAGAUCGUCCAUGCUGUGGUCAUUGACAGUAAAGGCUGUGGCAUGUGAGAAAGUACUGAUGUGUUUUUUUUUGUAGACUCACAUUUGACUUUUUCUCACAACAUACUGUAACAAAGGAUUCCAUUCACUAUGCUAAGCUAACCUAGCGGGGGCACUGCCAGACUACUGUACAGUGCAUGCAAUGAAACAAAAAUGUUUUUGCUCACUUAUCUAACUCUAGGGAAGAUGGUGAAUAACUGAAUUUUAUAAAACGGUGGUGUGUUCCUUUACUGUUGCACAGGACAAUCUCCUGCCAGACAGUUCAUCCAAACGUGGUUUACCGAUCAACUAUAAAUCAACAACUAUUCAACCACCAUGUCAACAUUUCCCGGGCGACCAUAUAUCCAGACUUUUCAAUAUCAACUAGUGAGCUACAGUAUGUAGAACGAUGCUCUAUCGACAAUGGCAAUGUAGACUAUAAAUGUUCAACCUCACUGUCAUUAAUGUUCCUGUUGGGUUGUUGUUGGUACUGUAGGCCUAAUGCUGAUUCACUGUGUAUUUACCAUAGAGAUUUCAAUGAAUCUCAACCAAAAUUAUGAUUUUGGUGGAAAAUCAGCAUCAUAUCAAUGUCAUCUUGCUAAUUGAUUAUUAAAUAAGAGUUGAACUGACAGCUAUCCAUUCAUUUUGUACAGUUUGUAGUUUAGGCUAGGCUACAAAUAGGCUAAACUGAUGUAGGCCUAUAGCUUUUCAAUGGGCUAUACCACAAUCAAAACAAGUUCAUAUUCAAGGCAUGGAAUGAUUUAUGUGUCAAAGAAUAAACGACUAAAUUCA